AUGGGUAAAAUAAAGGUAAAGAAAAACAAACCCAAGGUGCCUCAGAUACAGGACCCCAAAAAGGAUGAUAACAUGGUGGUGUUACCACCGGUACGAAUGUCUGAUGACCCUACGCCUAAACAGAUUAAAUGGAUCAACAGGCAACGAAUCUUAGUAUUUGCUGCGCGUGGCAUUAAUCACAGACAUCGUCAUUUAAUGGAAGAUUUAAAGAAACUAAUGCCUCACCAUAAAACGGAAUCCAAAAUGGAGAGGAGCAAAAACUUAUAUGUGGUUAAUGAAAUCAGUGAAAUGAAAAAUUGCAACAAAUGUAUAUUGUUUGAAGGAAGAAAAAUGAGAGAUUUGUAUCUUUGGAUGUCUAACAUUCCUAAUGGGCCUAGUGUUAAGUUUUUAGUUGAAAAUAUUUACACAAUGGGAGAACUAAAAAUGACUGGUAAUUGUCUGAGAGGGUCAAGGCCUCUAUUAUCAUUUGAUCCUCAAUUUACUAAGGACCCACAUUAUGCUCUACUAAAAGAAUUACUUAUACAAAUAUUUGGUGUACCAAAACAUCACCCAAAGAGUCAGCCAUUCUUUGACCAUGUCUAUACCUUCAUGAUACUUGAUAAUAGAAUUUGGUUCAGAAAUUAUCAAAUAUUGUCUGAAGAUGGUGCACUAGCAGAAAUUGGACCUAGAUUUGUUUUAAAUCCUGUAAAGAUAUUCUCUGGCUCAUUUGGUGGUGCUACACUUUGGGAAAAUCCUAAAUAUAUAAGUCCAGCUAAAUUGAGACAAGCAUUUGCUAAAAAAGCUGGCAACAAAUAUGAAAAGAGAAUCGAACAGAAAGUUCUUCAUGAAGCAACAAAACCAGAAACUGGAUAUCCAGACAUCGAGGAUGCGGCCUUCUUCAAAGGAGAUCCAUUGAAAAAAGCAGAGCAUGUGGUUGUAAAAGAGGAAAUCCAAGAUGAGGAAAUGAAAGUUGAAGCGGAAAAAGAAAAUGCUGAAUCACCUAAACAACCUUUUUCCAUGAAAUUAAAGAAAACCAAAACUAAACCAGACAUGGCAAUUCGACGAAAACAACUAAAGGCGAAAAGUAAAAAAAUCUCUGACCAGAUAAAGAAAAGGAAGCAAUUUAAGAAAAAACCUGUCAAACCUAAAAAAUAA